UAGUACAGUGUAUGUAUUAACAUAUUUUGUACAGGACUAUAUUUAUCUUCUAAGAAAGCAUAGUCUAUCUCUGAACCUCCGAAGACCUUGGGCUUGUCAAAGGCCUGAAAGAGGUAAUGUCUUAUCAGUCUAAUAGAGGGCAGAUAGCCAUGAAGGUGUGGACUGGACACAGAUAGCAUAAACCCAACCGAAGAGUUAUACUCACUGAUAGUGACCAUACUCUGUACAGACCCUGCCGGGAAACUCCUGAGGAUACACAGAAACAGCCCCACUAGGGUUACUGAACCAAGGAUUUUACUGAACAUGAAGGAAGCUCAUCAGAGCAGAGAGCUCCAAUUUGUGCAAGCAAGUGAAGUUGACGAAGCCGCUGAAAAAAGGAAAAAGAGUGACAAAAACAAAGAAAAAAAUCUAGGAGUUGGAUUUUUUCAACUGUUCCGCUUUGCUACAUGGGUAGACGUUGUGAUGAUGGUGGUCGGGGGCUUGUGUGCGCUCGUCCAUGGGGCUGCCUCCCCGCUCAUGCUGCUUGUCUAUAGCAUGAUGACCAACACCUUUGUGGCCUAUGAGCUGGAGGUCCAGGAACUAGCUGAUCCCAACAAAACCUGCAUCAAUAACACUGUGACUUGGACUAAUGGGUCUGUGGUGGAGCAGGAGGAUAAUAAAACUGUAAGCUGUGGUGUGGAUAUUGAGGCACAAAUGACCAUGUUUGCUUAUUACUAUGUUGGCAUUGGAUUGGGAGUGCUAAUUGUUAGCUACUGUCAGAUUUAUUUCUGGGUUUCUGCAGCUGCAAGGCAAACACAAAGAAUCAGAAAAAAAUACUUCAGGAAAAUCAUGUGCAUGGAGAUUGGCUGGUUUGACUGCACGUCUGUUGGGGAGCUGAACACAAGGAUAUCUGAUGACAUUAAUAAAAUCAACAGUGCAAUAGCAGACCAGGUAGCCAUCUUCAUUGAAAGGUUCUCAACAUUCAUCUUUGGCUUUCUGGUGGGCUUUGUUGGAGGAUGGAAACUUACAUUGGUUGUAAUUGCAGUGAGCCCUCUGAUUGGACUGGCUGCAGGACUAAUGGCCAUGGGGGUUGCGAGACUGACAGGUCGUGAGCUACAGGCCUACGCUAAAGCUGGAGCUGUAGCUGAUGAAGUUCUUUCUUCCAUCAGAACAGUAGCAGCCUUUGGAGGAGAGGAUAAGGAGACUGAUAGGUACUAUCUAAUGUCUGUUAUUGUCUUUGCCUGUCUCAGGUGUAUCAAAGCAAUGUAUGAAGAAGGUAUUUUUGUUGUCUCCAGAUAUGACAGGAACCUUGAAGAGGCUCAGACUUGGGGGGUAAAGAAAGGGGCAAUCAUUGGCAUAUUUCAGGGUUACCUGUGGUGUAUCAUCUUCUUCUGUUAUGCCCUAGCGUUUUGGUAUGGCUCCAAGCUUGUCAUUGAGACAAAGGAGCUCACACCUGGAACCCUCAUCCAGGUGUUUUUUGGAGUACUUAUGGGAGCCGUGAAUCUGGGUCAGGCAUCCCCAUGUCUAGAGGCUUUUGCUUCUGGUCGUGCUGCAGCCAAGAGUAUCUUUGACACCAUUGACAGAAUGCCAGAAAUUGAUUGUUUCUCAGAGGAUGGGCACAAAUUAGAGAGGGUGAAAGGUGACAUUGAAUUCCAUGGUGUUGAGUUCAACUAUCCCUCCAGACCUGACGUGAAGAUUUUAGAUGAUUUAAAUUUGGUGGUUAAAGCUGGGGAGACAACGGCAUUUGUUGGACCUAGCGGAUCUGGCAAAAGUACAGCACUUCAACUCAUUCAGAGAUUUUAUGAUCCCAAACAUGGAAUGGUUACCCUGGAUGACCAUGACAUUAGGAGCCUGAAUAUUCAGUGGCUGCGGUCCCUGAUAGGCAUCGUAGAGCAAGAGCCUGUUCUCUUUGCCACCACUAUCUCGGAGAACAUUCGCUUUGGCAGAACAGGAGUCACCAUGGAGGAGAUCAUACAAGCUUCCAAAGACGCCAAUGCUUACAACUUUAUCAUGGACUUGCCACAGAAAUUCGAUACACUAGUUGGAGAAGGCGGGGGACAGAUGAGCGGUGGGCAGAAGCAAAGGAUUGCAAUCGCUCGAGCUCUGGUUAGAAACCCCAAAAUCCUACUGCUAGACAUGGCCACAUCAGCCCUGGACAAUGAGAGUGAAGCUACUGUGCAAGAGGCUCUUGACAAGGCUCGCAUAGGCAGAACCACAAUUUCUAUUGCUCAUCGUCUGUCUACGAUCCGUAAUGCUGACGUGAUUGUGGGCUUUGAGCAUGGCUGUGCUGUGGAGAGGGGCUCACACAGUGAACUGCUGGACAGGAAAGGAGUCUACUUCACUCUCGUCACGCUCCAGAACCAAGGAAAUGUUUCCAAUCAGAAAACAAGCAACACAUCUGAUACUGUCGUCCUUGAAGAUGAUGGAAUUGAACAAACAAGAGGUUUCUGCAGGGGAAGCUAUCAGUCUAGUUUAAGACAAUCCUUGCGAAUGAGGACACAGUCUCAAAUGUCAAAUAACCUCAUUGAUGCCAUCUCUGGAGAACUGAGGCUGAGAACUGACAGUUUCAAAGUAGAGACACCUGAGGAUGAAGAGAAAUUUGAUGAUCAUUCAGAGCAGUCAACUGAAUCAGCACCUGUGGCUCGAAUUCUGAAAUACAACCAACCUGAGUGGCCAUACAUGUUCUUGGGAUCUUUAGGAGCAGCUGUGAAUGGAUCUGUUAAUCCUAUCUAUGCCCUCUUGUUCAGCCAAAUUUUGGGGACAUUUGCUAUCAGAGACCUGGAUGAGCAGAGACAACAGAUUAAUGGGAUUUGCAUUCUUUUUGUCAUUGUGGGAUGUAUAAGUUUCUUCUCACAGCUCCUACAAGGCUAUGCUUUUGCUAAGUCUGGGGAGCUACUGACUCGCAGGCUGAGGAAGAUUGGUUUCCAGGCCAUGCUUAAGCAGGAGAUUGGAUGGUUUGAUGAUCCUAGAAACAGUCCUGGAGCUCUUACCACUAGACUGGCUACUGAUGCAUCCAUGGUGCAAGGGGCUACCGGCUCUCAGAUUGGCAUGAUUGUUAACUCACUGACCAACAUUGGAGCAGCAUUCAUCAUUGCGUACUACUUCAGCUGGAAACUGAGUCUGGUAGUGACCUGCUUCCUCCCACUGAUUGGCCUUUCCGGGGUCUUUCAGGCCAAAAUGCUGACUGGAUUGGCUAAUGAGGACAAGAAAGCAAUGGAGGCAGCAGGACAGGUGUCCAGUGAAGCUAUGGCCAACAUCAGAACUAUUGCAGGUUUGGCUAAAGAGAAGCACUUUGUGGAUCUUUAUGAGCAGCAGUUGGAGCCCCCCUACAAAGCAGCCAAGAAGAAAGCUUACGUAUAUGCCAUCUGCUUUGCCUUUGCCCGGUGUGUUACCUUUAUGGCAUAUGCAGCCUCUUUUAGAUAUGGGGGCUAUCUGGUUAAUUAUGAGGGACUUCACUAUGUGGUUGUUUUUAGAGUGAUCUCUGCCAUUGUAAUCAGUGGCACAGCUCUUGGAAGAGCUUCAACGUUUACACCAGACUAUGCCAAAGCCAAAAUUGCUGCUGCCCACUUCUUCAAACUGCUGGACAGAGUCCCCAAAAUCAGCAUUAAUCAGGCAGUGGGACAAAGAUGGGCUGACUUUAAAGGUAGGGUUGAUUUCAAAGGCUGCAGGUUCACAUACCCAAGCAGACCAGACAUCCAAGUGUUGAGGGGACUAGAGGUGUCAGUGAGCCCUGGACAGACACUUGCAUUUGUGGGCAGUAGUGGAUGUGGCAAGAGCACUAGUGUUCAGCUCUUGGAGAGAUUCUAUGACCCAGAUGAAGGCCAAGUGUUGAUAGAUGGACACCCAUCCCAUGGUGUUAAUGUACCAUUCCUGCGAUCUCAGAUUGGAAUUGUAUCUCAGGAGCCGGUGCUUUUCGACUGCACUAUAGCAGAAAACAUCCAGUAUGGUGAUAACCUGCGCUCUGUCAGCAUGGAGGAGGUUGUAGAGGCUUCUAAGAAGGCUUAUCUGCAUGAUUUUGUGAUGUCUCUGCCUGAUAAAUAUGAAACUCAAGUUGGAGCUCAAGGUUCUCAGCUCUCAAGAGGGCAGAAGCAGCGUAUAGCCAUUGCUCGCGCCAUCGUCAGAAACCCCAAAAUUUUGCUGUUGGACGAGGCUACCUCUGCUCUGGACACAGAAAGUGAGAAGACGGUUCAGGCAGCGUUGGAUGAAGCUCGGCGAGGUCGUACCAGCAUCGUCAUUGCACACAGACUCUCCACCAUUCAGACUGCUGAUAUUAUUGCAGUGAUGUCACAGGGUGUUGUCAUAGAGAAAGGGACACAUGAGGAGCUUAUGGCUAAGAGAGGGGCCUACUACAAGCUGGUCACUACAGGUGCACCCAUAAGUUAAAAAAAAAACAAAAAAACUAAAUUAAAUUACAAA